AUGGCCCCUAUGUUAAAUGACAUAACUCAACAAGGCGCAGUUCACCAUGGGAGAGUGAAAGGCUUCGAUGAACCGAUGGGGGCCUAUUCGGAGCGACCUCGGCAGGGACAACCUGAGUCUAUGUUAUCGUCUGGCUUUGCGCCUCAGCCCCCGCAACCGGUGUACGACGACUACAACCUGUUCCUAGACGAGUUCGCAGGCUCUCAGCAUCUGUUGCCUCCGCACUUUGAGUCUGACCAGCAGUUCAGUAUGUGGGCAAGGGCUCCUGGGCAAAUUAACCAUAGAGGUAGCUCUCGACCUUCAUCACAGUUUCCAUCUCGGUUCGGUUCUUUAGGACCUGAUAUUCGAGAGCCUGUCGAUACAGGCACGCGAUUGCAUGAAGACUCGUCGAGAGCCAACCUGCUUCGAAUUUCUGUCGCUGACCAUAACAUCAUGAAAAGUCGUCUUGACGAGUUCUCAACUGUUUUGCCGAACGAUUUUGUCUUUCCGUCCCGUCACACUUUAUCCAGAUUUUUUGAGGGUUACAUCAGCGGAUUCCAUGACCAUCUACCCUUCCUACAUUUACCGACCCUGAUGCCCGUUGAAAUGGGUCCUGAGUUGCUGUUGGCAAUACUGGCGGUUGGUGCUCAGUAUCGUUUUGAGAGUAAUAGAGGCUAUGCACUGUGGUAUGCUGCUAAAGCCGUUGCACUCGAACAAAUCAGGAGGCGACAUAGCUCUGAAGUACACGCCUUGCUGCCAACGGCCGCUUCGUACAGUCCGCAUUCAACAAGACCGUCGCCAAGUAUAAGUUAUCGACACUCUUUUGCAUCAGCCCAGUCUGACCGACCUGUCACGCAAGACACGCACCGCGAGCCAUAUUCUCCCAAUACCCCAGCCGCUAGACUUGAAACCAUACAAGCAGUUCUACUUCUUUUUGCCGUUGGUUUGUGGGGGGCCAAGACAAUCCUUCAAGAAGCUCUGUCUUUGCAGAGCAAUUUGGCCAUUCUUAUCCGCGAAGAAGGCUUGAACGUUGAGGCCAGUCCUUCAUCUCUUAAUGAAUGGGAGUCAUGGAUACGCCUAGAAGGAGCCAACCGCACGAAACUAAUUGCCUUUUGUUUCUUCAAUCUGUGCAGCACAGCAUAUGACAUGCCGCCACUGCUUCUCACAGCAGAACUGAAUUUGUACAUGCCAGUUCGAUCAAGGUUGUGGAGAGCAGAGUCUGCUUGGCAAUGGCAGGAAUUACGGCAGUCAACGCCUGUGGCAGACAUCACGGUACAUGAAGCUUUUUCCCGACUAUUCGGCCGCACUACCCAGGGCUUGCCAAAUCACUUGUCGUCACUGGGCCAUUAUAUAUUAAUUCAUGCUUUGAUUCAACACGUAUAUCUUUUGAAACAGACAUCGUUUGCGGCUGGCUCGCCAUACGAUGUUCAACGAACAUUGAAACCAGAGGAUGUGGAAGAGGUUUCACAGGCAUUGCGGGUGUGGCAAACGAGCUUUGAGCAUCGACACCAACUUCGGGCCGCAGAAUCUGGACACUCAAUGAACACUGAUGCGAGCUCUGGGGGUUCGCUGACGUUCAAUGCCACAGCACUUUUGCGACUGGCGUACAUUCGCUUGUAUACCGAUAUCCCACCAAGCCGGGCGCUCGAAACCAGAGAUUCGAUGAUGAUUGCAUCAGCUCUGAAUGGCACACCAUUGUUACACCGUAGCUUGAGACUGCACCGAGCAGUGUUCCAGGCUGUGCAUGUAUUAUCUAUGCUAGUCAAGGCCGGUGUGAACUACGUGGCAAGAGCGAAAUCUGCUGAAUGGAGCAUACAGCAUUCCCUAUGCAAUUUCGAAUGCGCUCUCUUACUAGCAAAAUGGCUUAUAACACUGUCUGCAAUCACGCCAUCAGAUCCAGCGGCGUCCCCGGAAGAAAAGAAUCUCUUGCAGAAUAUCCGGCGUAUGCUGGACGAAACUGAAUUUGCGGUUCCCGUCGACCCGUCACUUGCGGGUCCCAGCUCGAUGCAUGGACAUAUGGAUAUGGUGACAAGUGACGGCGCUAAGCUGAGGCAACUCGCGAGUGCUGUCGUUCGGCUAUGGGCAGAGACGUUCAAAGGCGUGCAUAUAUUUGACAUGGUUAAAGUAAUGGGCGCGAGCCUGGAUGGUUAUGCUGAUCUUGUGGACAAGCCUCGAGAGCGUACGCCACCUAUGGCCAGGAUGGCGCCGGAGGUUGGCAUGACCGGAUAG